GAGUAUAGAUAGGUACUUAUAAACUUGGACUACCGUCUUAGUAUAAUACUAAGAAUAAUUCUUAUAAUUUAGUUCGCGACUAUAAAAAAAAAUAUAUACUGUUUUUACACAAUAGAUAUUGUUAUUUUUUGAUAAUAGGUAUUUAUAAUAUUAAUUAUUUGCAUUUUAAAAAUAUACGUUAAUCAGUUUGGAAAUGUCGUCGUGGGUAAAAGCAUCUAAAGUUAAUCAGAAAACACAUAGAGAACGUCAUCAACCUGAAGUUCGUCAAAAAUAUGGGUUGCUUGAAAAGAAAAAAGAUUAUAAAGUCCGUGCUAGACACCAUCAGGAACGAGAACGUGUUUUGAAGUUACUGAAAAAACGAGCACAAAACCGCAAUCCAGAUGAGUUUUAUUUCCACAUGACUAAUUCCAAAGUUGAGGACGGACGUCAUACAGAAAUACGAGAAGAAGAUGAACACACUGAAGACCAAAUUAAAUUAAUGCAAACUAGAGAUUUGAAGUACAUCAAUAUGCGUGCAACUAUGGAAAGGAAAAAAAUUGAACGUUUACAAUCACAACUGCAUUUCUUAGAUCAAGCUAAUCAAACAAAUAAUAGUCAUGUAUAUUUUAAUGAUGAUGAUAAGUGUGAUGAAAAUUUAGCUGAAAAGAUAGACACACAUCCAGAUCUUAUAGAUAGGAAAACUAAUCGUAUGAGAUUGUCAGAUUUAAAAAAAAUUGAACUGCCAGAUUUAGAUGAAGACACUAUUAAACAAAUGUUAUCAGAAAAGAGAAAAUCAUAUAGAGAACUAGAACGAAGAACUAAUAGGGAAAAAGAAUUAUCUGUUGUACAGAGGAAAUUGGAAAUUAAAACUCAUUUGCUUGGAUCCAAGAAAGAACAGCCAAAGAAGAUAAAACCCGCAACAAAAGAUGCAGCUCCAGUUUAUAAAUGGAAAUAUGAGAGAAAAAAGUAAUCUUUAUUUACUUUUUUAUAACAAUAUUAAUGUAAAAAAUUGUGUUGACAUAAUAGUAUCCUUCUAUUAUAAAUAAUAUACAAUAUAUUUAACAAAUUUAAUUUA